AUGAAGUCCCUGGCCCUGCUUUUCCUGCUGUCUGUGGGCGCAGCCAGCGCUGCUGUCUCACCCCGGGCCGUCUGGGAGCUGCGCCGCAUGCUGAAAUGCACCAUCCCGGACAGCUAUCCUGUCCUGGACUUUGCUGACUACGGCUGCUACUGCGGCUUGGGAGGCAGCGGGACACCAGUGGAUGAGCUCGACAGGUGUUGUCAAGCACAUGAUAACUGCUACUCGCAGGCAAAGAAACUAGAAUCGUGCAGAUUCUUUGUGGACAACCCCUACACAGAGUGGUACAGCUACAGCUGCUCCAACGGGCAGAUUACGUGUAACAGCAAGAACAACGAGUGCGAGAUGUUCAUCUGCAACUGCGACCGCACCGCCGCCAUGUGCUUCGCCAAGGCGCCCUACAACCCCGAGCACAGGGCGCUGGACACCAAGAAGUACUGCAGCUAG